AUGUCCAGCCGUUUCGCCAAGCUGCGUGCAGUCGCGCCGCUCGUCCUGCUGCUGGCCGGUGCCCCGGCGGCGCUGGCGGCCGAGUCGCCCGCGCCGGCCACCGAGCCCGCCCCCGGAUCCGGCGCCCGCGCGCCGGUGGUGGUCGAGCUCUACACCAGCCAGGGCUGCAACGCCUGCCCGCCGGCCGACGCGAUCCUGGCCGAGCUGGCCCGGCGGGCGGAGGUGAUCGCCCUGUCGCUGCACGUCGACUACUGGGACUACAUCGGCUGGAAGGACCCUUUCGCGCUGUCCGAGCUCACCGCCCGGCAGCGCGCCUACGCCCGCCGGCUCGACCGGCGCACGGUCUACACGCCGCAGAUGGUGAUCGACGGCACCUACGACGUGAUCGGCUCGCGCCGGCAAGCGGUCGCCAACGCGAUCGGGAUGGCGCGGGCCCGGCCCAGCGCGGUGGCGGUGGAGAUCCGCCGGCAGCCCGCGGUCGUGCGCAUCGCGGCGGGGGCCGCGCCGGCCGGCGGCGCCGCCGUCUGGCUGCUGGCCUACGACGCCUGGCGGGAGACGCGGGUCCGGCGCGGCGAGAACGCCGGCCGCGCGCUGGGCAACGCCAACGUGGUGCGCAGUUAUCGCCGGCUCGGCACCUGGGAGGGUGCGGCGCUGGAGCUGCCGCUCGACCUGGCGGCGGCGCGCGCGGCCGGCCGCGACGGGCUGGCGGUGAUCGUCCAGGCGGCGACCGGGCGGGCCGGCGGCGGCUUUGGCCCGGUGCUGGGCCUCGCCGCGUGCCUCGGCCGCGCGCGCCGUCUCGGCGAUCACCCGCAUCAGCUCCUUGCGGUCGACGUCCAGCAACUGAGUGUCGAUGUCCAGGCGCCGCCCGUCGUCCAGGGUGACGCGGAUGCCCCGCACGAUGGAGGCGCGCUUGAUCUCCGCGCCGGCGAUGCGGCUCCAGGGGAUCAGCCCGUCCGGCUUGCGGCGGUCGAGCAGUCCCUCCGGCCCGACCUCGACCACCGGCCCGGCGCGGCGCAGGUCGCGGGCCAGGAAGACCGCCAUCGCCAGGCAGAGGAACAUCAGCACGCCGCCGACCAGCCGGUCGCCGGGCCGUCCCUCGCCGACCAGCAGGCUCCAGCUUCCGAAGCCGACGAAGGAGAGCAGCAGCAGCACGGCGAAAGCGACCUUGCGCUUGUCGAUGCGAUAGGUGCUGACCGUUAUAGGAGCGCCGCACGCCGAUCACGCCCGCCGAUCGCGGGGCCGCCCGGGGGCGUUAUGCGGACGCGUUAUACGGGCGGCAGAGCCGAGGGAGAAGCCAUGAGCGAGCAGAGCGCCUACACCCGUCUCGAGACCCGCUUCGCGCGCCUGGGCGCGCUGCACGAGGCCAUGGCCGUGCUGCACUGGGACAGCGCGGCGAUGAUGCCGUCCGGCGGGGCCGACGCGCGCGGCGAGCAGCUCGCCCAGCUCAGCCUGAUGGCGCACGAGCUGGUGAGCGACCCGGCGGUGGCCGACUGGCUGGCCGCGGCGGAGGGCGAGGCCGAGGCGCUCGACGACUGGCGCCGGGCCAACCUGCGCGAGAUGCGCCGGGCCCACAGCCAUGCCACCGCCCUCUCGCCGCGCCUGGUCGAGGCGCUGCGCCGGGCCUGCCAUGCCUGCGAGGGGAUCUGGCGCGAGGCGCGGCCGGACAACGACUUCGCGCGGGUCAAGCCGGCCCUGGCGGAGGUGCUGGCGCUGACCCGCGAGGCCGGACAGGCCAAGGCCGAGGCGCUGGGCAAGUCGCUCUACGACGCGCUGCUCGACCAGUACGAGCCGGACGGCUCCUCGGCCGCCAUCGGGCGUCUGUUCGACGAACUGGCCGAGCGCCUGCCGGUGCUGCUGAGCGACGUGCUGGAGCGCCAGGCGCGCGCGCCGGCGCCGGUGCUGCCGGCCGGUCCCUUCCCGGCGGCGCAGCAGGCCGAGCUGGCGCGCCAGCUCAUGCAGGCGGUGGGUUUCGACUUCCGCCACGGCCGGCUCGACACCUCGGCGCAUCCCUUCACCGGCGGCGUGCCCGACGACGUGCGCCUGACCACCCGCUGGGACGAGGCGGACUUCAUGACCGGGCUGCUCGGCGUGCUGCAUGAGACCGGCCACGCGCUCUACGAGCGCGGCCUGCCGCGCGCCUGGCACCGUCAGCCGGUCGGCGAGGCGCGCGGCAUGGCGAUCCACGAGAGCCAGUCGCUGCUGAUCGAGAUGCAGGCCUGCCGCUCGCGCGCCUUCGUCGACUACCUGGCGCCGCUGGCCCGCACGGCCUUCGCCGGCUCCGGCCCGGAGUGGGAGGCCGACAACCUCUACCGCCUCUACACCCGCGUGCAGCCGGGCUUCAUCCGGGUGGACGCCGACGAGGUGACCUACCCGGCCCACGUGAUCCUGCGCUUCCGCCUGGAGAAGGCGCUGCUGGAGGAGCGCAUGACGCUCGGCGACCUGCCGGGCGCCUGGGCCGACCAGCUCCAGGCCCUGCUCGGCAUCACGCCGCCGGACGACCGCCGCGGCUGCCUGCAGGACAUCCACUGGUACGACGGCGCCUGGGGCUACUUCCCGACCUACACCCUGGGGGCGAUGGCGGCCGCGCAGCUCUUCGACGCGGCCUGUCGGGCGCAUCCGGAGAUUCCCGCGCAGCUCGGGCGCGGCGACUUCGCCACGCUGCUCGCCUGGCUGCGCCGCCACGUGCACGGACAGGCCGCGCGCUACUCCACUGAGGAGCUGCUGGUGCGCGCCACCGGCCGGGCGCUCGAUCCCGAGAUCUUCGAGGCGCACCUGCGCCGGCGCUACCUGGGGGCGGACGAGAGCAGGUUGUGA